AUGCGAGUUAACUUAAAUAAAGAAACAAAGAAGCAACCAAUAACCACCAAAGAAAGGGAAAUUUCUAGCCAAAACGAAGUCAAAAUACUUAAUUUAGCUGUUCAUUUAGAAAAAUUAACCGCACAAUUAAGUGAUGUAAAAGGAGUUAGCACUGAAAAAUUAAGAAACUACGAAAUAAAAAGAGGAAAGAACAUUUAUUUUCCUGAGAUUGACGAAGUGUUAGGCAUUGAGGCUUUUACUUAUGGCUUUAAUGCUCCUUGUGAAUAA